AAAAGCAUCAUUCACAAGACACAAGUCAGACAGACAAAAAAACGAGAAAAGAAAUUUAGCAAAAACGUCUACGAAAGAAAAAAACGGAUUUAAGAAAAAUUUCCACCACACAGUUUUCCAACAAUCUUUUGUGUUUUAUUAAAUAACUAAUUGAAAAACUAAACAAAUAUAAUUCAAAUAUAUUGAAAAACCUCAAUUAAAGUUUGACCAUUUAUCCAAUUGGAAGAAGAAUAAAAAUAAAACCUCGCCUCAACUAUCAACAAGUGGUUUUGAAACAAUAAAGAAAAAAAAAAAAAUUGCUGCGCCGUUUUAGUAUUAUUUUACCUUGUGUAUUAUAAUCGUCUAUGACGUAAACCGGGGGCAAGAAUGUCCAAACACGAAAAGAACAAGUCCGGCGGACUGCUGGAAAGUUGGUUCGGCCGUCCCAAGACAAAGGGCAGUAGUUAUCAUACACCUUCGGGUAGACCAACUUCCACAGAUGGCGAUGCUCCUGAAUUACAAGAUUUGGAAAAGAUGAUUCGCAGUUUGAGCGAAUCGGAGGUUGAAACAAAGUUCAUGGAAAUACUCGAGGACAUGAAUAUUCCCAAGGACAAGCGAGAACCGCUGCUGUCGAAGCCCAUCCUCGAUCGCAGAAAAAUGAUUUUCAUGCAUUUGAAAGGAAAAAACUCACUCGAACACCGAUCAAAUUCGAAAUUUGAAAAACCCAACGACUACAUUGAAUAUCUUCAAAAUGGAGAACACGCCGAGCACAAAAUCUAUCAAUGCGUCGAAAGUUUACGUGUUGCCCUCACCAGUAAUCCAAUCAGUUGGAUCAAGGAAUUCGGUGAGAAUGGCAUUGAUGAAAUUGUUAAUCUCCUUCGUCGUUGUAAAAAAGAACGAAAUUUCGAUCGUAUCGAAUUUGAAUGCAUUCGCUGCCUCAAGGCUUUCAUGAACAACACAUGGGGCCUAAAUCUCGUUCUCACACCCGAACAACAUACAGUUGUUCUCCUUCUAGCCCAGAGUCUAGAUCCACGCAAACCCAAUACCAUGUGUGAAGCUAUAAAACUUUUGGCCAGUUUUUGUCUAGUCUCCGAACGAAAUGGCUAUGAAAAAGUACUACGUGCCAUAACUUCUGCCGCCUCAUCCACCUACAAGAGUAGUGAACGUUUUCGACCAAUUGUCGAUGGUUUAUUUAUCCAAGAAAAGAAUGAUACAAAACGUGAACUCGCAUGUCACAGUUUGAUAUUUAUCAAUACCCUCACCAAUACACCCAGCGACAUGAAUUUCCGUCUUCAUUUGCGAUGUGAAAUCAUGCGAAUGGGUCUGUAUGAAAAACUAAAUGAAUUCACUGAAAUUGUCAAUACUAGCAAUAAUGACGAUUUAAAGAAACAUUACAAAAUCUUUAACGAAAUUCGCGAGGAUGAUUUUGAAGAAUUCAUUCAGCGAUUCGAUAAUGUGCGAUUUGACAUGGACGAUGUGAAUGACUGUUUCGAUGUACUUAAGAAUCUGGUGGUUGAUACAUCUUCGGAGCAAUAUUUCCUAUCGAUUUUGCAGCAUUUGCUGUUCAUUCGGGAUGACUUUUAUUUUCGGCCUGCGUAUUAUCAGCUUAUUGAAGAAUGUACAUCACAGAUUGUCUUUCACAAAGGCUAUUGUGAUCCGAAUUUUGACAAUCGUAAUUUCAAUAUAGACACUUCCCUCCUUCUAGACGAUAUAGUCGAAAGGGCCAAGGCAAAAGAAACAAAACAAACAGAAGAAUAUGAGAAGAAAAUCGAGGAACUUGAAAGCGCCAAGCAGGAGGCUGAAGCCAAAGCAGCACAUUUGGAAGAAAAGAUUAAACUAAUGGAAGCCACAGGAGUGGUUGUUGGUUCACCCAACAAGUUGCCGAAAGUUAACAUACCAAUGCCUCCACCAAUGCCAGGUGGAGGACCACCACCACCACCUCCGAUGCCUGGUGCAGCACGUGGAGGAGGACCACCACCACCUCCGCCGCCUCCAAUGCCAGGAAUGGGUGGUGGCCCACGACCGCCACCUCCACCACCAAUGCCAGGAAUGGGUGGCCCACCACCACCUCCCAUGCCGGGCAUGAUGGGUGGUCCACGAGGUCCUCCACCGCCACCGUUUAUGAUGGCUGCCGCAAAUGCACUUCCUUAUGGCCUGAAGCCAAAGAAGAAGUGGGAUAUAAAAAAUCCAAUGAAGCGUGCCAAUUGGAAGGCAAUCGUUCCACAAAAGAUGUCGGAGAAAGCCUUUUGGGUUAAAUGUCAAGAAGAUACAUUGGCUUCGGAUGACUUCCUAACAGAACUCGCUGUGAAAUUCUCCUCGAAGCCGGUUAAAAAAGACAACAAAGAUUCAGUGGAUAAGCCCACAACAUUAACUAAGAAAAAUAUUGAUUUGAAAGUUCUGGAUGGCAAAGCUGCUCAGAAUAUUGCCAUUCUUUUAGGUGGUUCCCUAAAACACCUGUCCUAUGAACAGAUCAAAAUUUGUCUUCUUCGCUGCGAUACAGACAUUUUAUCAUCAAAUAUUCUGCAGUCAUUGAUUCAGUAUAUGCCUCCGCCGGAGCAAUUGAAGCGACUGCAAGAAAUCAAAGCCAAGGGUGAACCAUUGUCUGGAGUCGAGCAGUUUGCUGCUACAAUUGGAGAAGUUAAACGUCUUGGACCUCGUCUUCACAGUUUGAAUUUCAAGCUCAACUACACAGACAUGGUGUCGGACAUCAAGCCAGAAAUUGUUGCGGGCACAGCUGCAUGUGAUGAGGUACGGACGAGUAAGAAAUUUGCCAAAAUUCUCGAACUUAUCUUACUCCUGGGUAAUUAUAUGAAUUCUGGAACAAAGAACGAACAGGCAUUCGGUUUUGAAUUUUCCUAUCUGACGAAAUUGUCCAAUACUAAAGACGCGGACAAUAAACAGACUCUUUUGCACUACCUCGCAUCGAUAGUGGAGACUAAGUUCCCUGAUGCCUUGACAUUUUACAAUGAUUUAUCACAUGUUGACAAGGCAUCCAGAGUUAAUUUGGAUAAUAUUCAGAAAGCUAUGCGGCAAAUUAAUGCCGCUGUAAAGAAUCUAGAAGCCGAUUUAAGUAAUAACAAAGUGCCACAAUGUGAUGAUGAUAAAUUCGCAGAGGUGAUGGGUAAAUUUUCUAGCGAUUGUCGACAGCAAGUAGAUGUUUUGGGCAAGAUGCAAGUUCAAAUGGAGAAACUAUUCAAAGAACUGGGCGAGUAUUAUGCUUUUGAUCCUAACAAGUAUACAAUGGAGGAGUUCUUUAGCGAUAUAAAGACCUUUAAGGAUGCAUUCUUGCAAGCACAUCAGGAUAAUGUGCGGACAAGAGAAGAGGAGGAGAAGAAACGUAGAAUGGCUGAGGCUCGUGAAAAUGCACAGCGUGAUUUGCUUGAGCGACAGCAACGGAAGCUGGCUCUGGUCGAUAUGGAUGCUGCACAGACUCAAGAAGGUGUCAUGGAUAGUUUAUUGGAAGCUUUACAGACUGGUUCAGCGUUUGGAAAUCGAGACCAGAGACAAAAGAGAAGACAAAGACCGGCUGCAGGUGCGGAAAGAAGAGCGCAGUUGAGUAGAAGUCGAUCGCGAACGAGGAUGGUUCCAGGAGCUUUAAGCGCUAGAGAAAUGAUAUCCAACGAAGCUUUGCUUGGUUCAGCCUAAAACGAAAAAAAGGCAUGAAAUUAAUUAAGGAAUUAAACCAAUGUACAUAUAACGAUAUAUAUCAAGUAUUCACAGAAUAUGAUACUAUUUUUUAUACAAAUUAUAAAAAUCGAAACAAAAUAUUUAACAAAAGUAGUAAGGGAGAGAUAAAGUUUUAUUGUCUGAACGCAUAUGAUGUAAUUGUUAAUAAUAAUACAUCGACCAGUAUAACUCCUAAAUCCACUUAUCUACCCCCCGAACCUGAACGAUCAGCUCAUAUCCCGCCCCUUGUUAAUGGAGGAAGAACAUCCUCGAACACAUACACAAAGGAAAAUAUGCAUCAGCUUAUAUAUAUUUUUAUUUUUUUAUCUUUUUUUGGUAUAACUUUUUUGAAGAAUUUUUUUAUUCGACAAACUCAAUAGUUUCUUGUGUAAAUACGAUUUUUUAUUUAAGAUAUAACAACAACAAAAAGAAAAACGAAAAUCAAUAAAAAAACCGAAAUGUAGAAAAAAA